UUAACAGAUCAGUAUUUCAUACGUAUUUACCAAUGAAUUGUGGAGAAAUGGGGAAAGUUGUCACAAGUCAAAGGUUUAAUUACUAGUUUUCCCCCUCAAAUUGUGUUCCUCAUACGGAGUAUUUUUCAUAAAUGUCAUGUGUAUUUUUUUUUUUUUAUACAAUUCAUUUUUCAUCUUGCAGUUUUAUAUAUUGUUUUGGCCUUUACAAUUUUUUUUUAUUUUUAUUUUUUUACCGUUUUCAUUUUGCAUAAAAGCCUUUCACUAGCAGCUAUAUAAUAUGGAGUUUAAUAGCAGGCUCCCAUUGUGACCACUUAUUUCAUAUAAAAACUUGUCAGUAUAAGUUAGUUUCCUGGGUGGAAAUGGCGGAAGUGUUCGGUAGUCCUUAAUUUUCUUGGUUUGAAAAAACUAACAAACGACAUGGCCACAUUUAUGGUAUCUAUUAUUGUAAUUCUAGUGAAUUUUCUAAGGGUGGCGCAAUUACUCGGGGUUGCUGGUGGUCGUCUCUCUCCGACAAAUCGGGGGAGAACUAAAUGUUGAUUGACUACUAAUUCAGAAACGCUCUAUUCAGUGUUUGUAUUUAUCACAUGCGUUCUGUGAUGUAUGACUCAACUUGAACUUGAUGGCAAUAUCCAUGUUUUUGUCGUGAGCUGUGCAAGUAUCUCCAGGUGAGUGAAGUGAACAACCAGGGUGUGAAUUAUUCAAACUGUUGUACUCGGAGCUUUGGUGUCAUUUCCUCAUGUUGCAACUGCCUGUGAGAAAAGGAAAAAUAAGUUCACAUGUAAUGUGAUUUUAACCACUGUUGUCAAACAUCGUUUCAGUAAUCACAAAAGUUUAGGGCAACAAGAUAGUCACAGCCCAUAUUUUCACUUGUCGCCAAAUAGACGCCAGUGAACAUAAGUAACCACAGUACUUUACUCGCGAGCUUUCCGUUGCGAACAGUGAUAAAAAAGAAAAAAAAGAGUGACAUGUUCCACUAUCAACAGUGUAUUGUUUCCUUUAAAAAGUGUUUGCGUUUGUAUUUGCGUUGUAUUUGAGAAAAAUCGCCACACCUCACUUACCCCGAAAUCAGAAAUCUCCAAAACAAUAUAUAUAUAUAUAUAUAUAUAUAUAUAUAUAUAAUAAAUAAAAUGUGUGUGUGUGUGUGUGUAUACAUAUAAUAGAGAGAUAAUAGAAAUAAAUUUCUUAUAUAGAGUUUCCUUUAAACUGAUUUAAAGGAUUUUAUUUAAAUUCGCACCCUAUUGACUAUUGUUUUUUCGUAAGAUGGACUGAAAAGGCUGGAAACACCAGGCGAGAUAAAUUUAUUAAGAGUUGGGGGUUAUAGAGGGAGGGAGAGAGAGAAAGAGAGAGAGAGAGGUGCGCAUGGAGGAGGGGGGAGACCUGUUACUGCUGUGCCAACUGCGCGCUUUCACUGCGCAAAAGCGCACAGAAAUGUUACCGGCUCGAAUCUAGAUAUCAGUCUCCUGAUUCUUUUUCUUAUCAAAGCUUUUUCUUAUUUACAGAACAAAAUGAUUUAAUUUUACUCUUUAGCAUGUCUUCAGUAUUUAUGAAGUCAGUCCUCUUUUGACAUGAGGAUCCUGCGUCUCCACGCGCCUUUUCACUACUCACCGUUUCUAACAUUUAACUCGUUUUAAAUGUUUUGAGACCAGGACUGCGAGGAUGUGGACGCUACCGAGGACUCGGUUCGCACACUGUAACCGCUCGUCGAGCAGCGAUGAGAAAGAAAUCGCCGUGAACAUCGGCGGCGUGCGGCUGGUGCUGUGCGGGGACAUUCUGAACCGCUAUCCGGACAGCAGGCUCGCCGAACUUGUGAACUGCUCAACUCGGAGUUUUGAUGUCAUUUCAUCACUCUGCGAUGAUUAUGACCCUGGGAAACGAGAAUUCUACUUCGACAGAGACCCUGACUCGUUUAAAUGCAUCGUAGAAGUGUACUAUUUUGGGGAGAUCCAUAUGAAGCGCGGAAUCUGCCCCAUUUGUUUUAUUAAAGAAAUGGAGUUUUGGAAGAUUGACUUAAGCUACUUGGACGAAUGCUGCAAGAGUAACUUGACCGAGAAGGAGGAAGAGUUGGCGGAGAUUGCAGACAAGGUGAAACUGAUCCUGGAUGAUUUGGACUCUGAUCCUGACGUGAGCCGCAAUGAGAGGUGGCAGAAGUUCGUCUGGAAGCUCAUGGAGAAACCAGAGUCCUCGCUCCCAGCACGCGUAAUUGCCGUCGUGUCCUUCCUGUUCAUUCUAGUGUCAUCUGUGGUGAUGUGUCUUGGGACCAUACCGGACCUCCAGGUGGAGGAUUCCGAAGGUAACCGCGUUGAGCACCCGACCCUGGAUGCUAUCGAGACGGCAUGCAUCGGAUGGUUCACGGUAGAGUACGUACUGCGCCUCGCAUCUUCCCCUAACAAGGUGCGCUUCGCGCUCUCCUUCAUGAAUAUGAUAGACUUCCUGGCCAUUCUGCCGUUCUACGUGGUGCUGGUUCUCACGUACCUCGGCACGGCCAUGAUGGAGCUGGUCAACGUGCAGCAGGCGGUGCAGGCGCUCCGCAUCAUGCGCAUUGCGCGUAUCUUCAAGUUGGCGCGCCAUUCUUCUGGCCUACAGACGCUCACGUACGCGCUCAAACGCAGCUUCAAGGAGCUGGGUCUGCUCCUCAUGUACAUGGGAGUGGGCAUCUUCGUGUUUUCCGCACUCGGGUACACCAUGGAGCAAAGCCACCCGGAGACGUUGUUCAGAAGCAUCCCGCAGUCCUUCUGGUGGGCCAUCAUCACCAUGACCACCGUCGGCUACGGGGACAUCUACCCAAAGACCACUCUGGGCCGGUGCAACGCGGCUAUCAGUUUUCUGUGCGGGGUUAUCGCCAUAGCGCUGCCCAUACACCCCAUCAUUAAUAACUUUGUCAUCUAUUACAACAAACAGAAGGUGCUCGAGACCGCCGCUAAGCACGAGCUGGAACUCAUGGAGCUGCGCGCGCUCGAACUCGCGGUCAGAAGCGCCUCGCGCAGGUCUGACGCGCCCGGGACCAAGUGGGAAGGUGCCUUGCGCGCAUCGCGUAGCGAUACAUUCAUCCCGCUCCUUUCUGGAGCGCACAGAACUGAGAGAGAGCCCGUAAAGAAGAAAAGCCUGACUUAGGAAAAAAAAACUCGAUAGGCACUUUAGGUUUCGAGAGAGCUUGUGUUAUUAUGGUCAUUGUGCGCUAUAAACUUCUGUGCUGCAAUGUGACCGUCAAGCUGCUUGUGCUGUUUUCACUGGACAUCAAAAUGAGUUUCUCUUCAAAGUGUUAUUUUGUCUUAAUUAAAUAAAGUGCAUGUCAAACUUCAUGCGUAUGUGUUUCAGAUAAUUAUGGCGCAACUAAAAUACUUAGACUUUAAAAUAAAUUCAACAAUAUCAAAAUGAUAUGUAACUAACACACACAGUACAAUGAGCUACAAGUGUGAAACAUGACCUGAGGUCACAGUAGAAGUUGUGUUUGUGAAAAAAAAAAAAAUAUCAAGGAUUUACAGGACAAACAGCAAAUUUGAGGUAAAGUAUAAUUUCACAUAUUUUUAUAAUUUGAUUUGUGAUUAUGCUGAUGGUGAAUGACUGAACUGCAUGAAUUGGCAGGUUCUCUUGUUUCAUUUCAAUUAAUCAAUUCGAGAUGGGGUCAUGACGGGGGUAUAGCAUAAUAAAUUAUUUUGAACAAGUAACUUUGUUUACAAAAAUAAAUGCAUGCACAAAAUGUAACAUUUUUACAUGUUUUUUAUUAGUGUUACCACUCUUCCCAGUAGUGGGGUACAUUUCAAGAACAUCAUUAUUUGUACUUGAAAAACUGUUUAUAUUUGAAUAUAUUUUAAAAUGUAAUUUAUUCCUGUGAUGCAAAGCUGCAGCCAUUACUCCAGUCUUCAGUGUCACAUGAUCCUUCAGACUUCAUUCUACUAUUCAGAUUUGGUGCUUGAUUAUUAUCUGUUAUUAUUAUUAGUGCUAAAACAUAUGUUUAAAUAAAAUAUAUUUUCUUAUAUAUAUUUCUUAUAUAUUUUCAAUGUUAAAAAAUUUUUUAAUAACAGUUUUUUUCUGCUUAUUUUUAUGGAUACAUUCUUUGUAUAAAAAGUCAAAAAAAUAAUCAAAAUUAAUCAAUUUCUCUCCCCCCUCCUCUUUAAUGUUGCUUACACCAAACUUUUGAAUUACAGUUUCCACAAUUUUAUUUAUUUAUUUAUUUAUUUAUUUAUUUAUAGCAUCUUAGAAUGAUAUAUUUCACAAUAUUACUGUUUUUGGCUGCCUUUGUGAGCAUAAGGAACUUCUUCAAAAACAAACAAACAAAAAGUAUCCAGUUGUGUACACACACACACACACACACACACACACACACACACACACACAUACUGUAUGUGUGUUGUGUACACCAACUGUAUGUCUAUUUUUAUAAUAGUGGUGUUUUUUUUUUUUUUUAAUUCUCAGUGUUAUAAAGACUUACAA